UUGAGUUUCCAUCUCUGUCUCUCUCCGAUCGAUCUGAAGUAGUAAGUAGCAGAGAGAGCUUUCGAGAGGAAGAAGAUGGGUUGUGCCCAAUCUAAGAUCGAGAACGAAGAAGCUGUUACUCGUUGCAAAGACCGCAAAAAGUUGAUGAAAGAUGCCGUCACUGCUCGUAACGCUUUCGCCGCCGCUCACUCUGCUUACGCCAUGGCUCUUAAAAACACCGGAGCUGCUCUCUCCGAUUACUCCCACGGCGAAUUUUUAGUCUCUUCCGCCUCCGCCGCUGCUGCUAUCGCUUCUACCUCUUCUCUUCCCACCGCUAUUUCUCCUCCUCCUCCUACUUCCGCCGCCGCUGUUUCUAAUUCCGCCGCUUCUUCUUCUUCUUCCUCCGCCGCGAUUCCUCAGUCGAUUCCUGAUACUCUUCCUCCUCCUCCUCCGCCUCCGCCUCUUCCUCUUCAGCGUGCUGCUACUAUGCCGGAGAUGAACGGUAGAUCCGUUGGCGGUCCUUCUGGUAGUGGUCUCAACGGUAUUGAAGAAGACGGAGCCCUAGAUCACGAUGAUGAUGAUGAUGAUGAUGAAGAAUCCGAAGUGGAGAAUCGUGACCGUUUGAUUAGGAAAUCGAGAAGCCGUGGAGGUAGUAAUAGAGGAGGUAGGCCGAUGAUUGAUGAUCAUCAUCAUCACCUAGAGGAGAAGGCGCCGCCGCCUCUUCCGGCCACUAAUUCACGGCCAACUCCGCCGCCACGUCUGCAUCAGCAUCAACAACAGCAGCAACAACCUUUCUACGAUUACUUCUUCCCUAAUGUUGAGCAUAUGCCUGGAACCACGUUAGAAGACACUCCUCCGCAACCACCACAACCAGAGGUUUCAAAACCUCUGCCUCCCCAACCGCGGUCACCUGUUACAGAGGAAGAUGAUGAUGAUGAUGAUGACGAUGAUGAUGAUGAAGAAGAAGAAGAAGAGGAGGCGGUAGAGACUGUACCUGAAAGGAAAGCUCCCGUGGAGGAAAGACCGAAGAGAGUUGAGGAAGUGAGUGUUGAAUUGGAAAAAGUUACUAAUUUGAGAGGGAUGAAGAAGAGUAAAGGUAUGGCGAUGGCUGGAGAGAGGAGAGGAGUGAGAAUGCCGGGGACGACGAAUUUGGGGAAUGUAUUCACUGAGCUUGAUGAUAACUUCUUGAAAGCUUCUGAAAGUGCUCAUGAGGUUUCUAAGAUGCUUGAAGCAACUAGGCUCCAUUACCAUUCUAACUUUGCAGAUAACCGAGGACAUAUUGAUCACUCUGCUAGAGUGAUGCGUGUAAUUACGUGGAAUAGAUCGUUUAGAGGAAUACCAAAUGCUGAUGAUGGGAAAGAUGAUGUCGAUUUGGAAGAGAAUGAAACUCAUGCUACUGUUCUUGACAAAUUGCUAGCAUGGGAAAAGAAGCUCUAUGAAGAAGUCAAGGCCGGUGAACUCAUGAAAAUCGAGUACCAGAAAAAAGUUGCUCAUUUAAAUCGGGUGAAGAAACGAGGUGGUCACUCAGAUUCAUUAGAGAGAGCCAAAGCAGCGGUUAGUCAUUUGCAUACAAGAUACAUAGUUGAUAUGCAGUCCAUGGACUCCACAGUUUCAGAGAUCAAUCGUCUUCGGGAUGAACAACUAUACCUAAAGCUCCUUCACCUUGUCGAGGCGAUGGGGAAGAUGUGGGAGAUGAUGCAAAUGCAUCAUCAAAGACAAGCAGAGAUCUCAAAGGUUUUGAGAUCUCUAGACAUUUCGCAAGCGGUGAAAGAAACAAAUGAUCAUCAUCACGAACGUACUAUCCAGCUCUUGGCAGUGGUUCAAGAAUGGCACACACAGUUUUGCAGGAUGAUAGAUCAUCAGAAAGAAUACAUAAAGGCACUUCUGGGAUGGUUAAAGCUAAAUCUCAUACCUAUCGAAAGUACACUCAAGGAGAAAGUAUCUUCGCCUCCUCGAGUUCCCAAUCCCGCAAUCCAUAAACUCCUCACCAUUUGGUAUGAUCGUUUAGACAAAAUCCCUGAUGAAAUGGCAAGAACUGCCAUAAUCAAUUUUGCAGCGGUUAUAAGCACGAUAAUGCAGCAGCAAGAAGAUGAGAUAAGUCUCAGAAACAAAUGCGAAGAGACAAGAAAAGAACUGGGAAGAAAAAUUAGACAAUUUGAGGAGUGGUACUAUAAAUACAUGCAAAAAAGAGGACCGGAGGGGAUGAAUCCGGAUGGGUCAGAAGCGGAUAACGAUCAUAAAGACGAGGUAGUUGUGAGGCAAUUCAAUGUAGAACAAAUUAAGAAGAGGUUGGAAGAAGAAGAAGAAGCUUACCACAGACAAAGCCAACAAGUUAGAGAAAAGUCAUUAGCCAGCCUUCGAACUCGCCUUCCCGAGCUUUUUCAGGCGAUGUCUGAGGUUGCAUAUUCAUGUUCGGAUAUGUAUAGAUCUGUUACGUAUAUGACUCAGCGGCAAAGCCAAAGCGAACGGCAUCAGAAACCUAGCCAGGGACAGGGUUCGUAAGAACUCAUGUAAAGAUCAGGGACUCACAGACGAGUAAUGUCUUCUUUUUCUAUGAUCUUGUAUUUUUUAAGCAUACACAAAUACGACGUAUAGUUAAUUUUUUAUCAUUGCUUUCUUGUAGAAAGGUUUGUUACAAUUAAGAUUCAUAUAGUGUUUGAUUUAUAAGGAAUUGUUCUGUUGAGUUAUAAGAACGUUGUGUAUUGAGCAUUUGUAAUUUUGUAUAGUGAUGAAUCAUUGGAAUUUAUCAACCCAUA